AUGCCUAAAUCUAUCGCACCCCCGCACGUGAGCUUGCACCUUCCUCCUGACUUCUCAUCCUUUGGAAACGCUUGCGUCGAGUCGGAUGCCACCAAUAAUGCCACCGACACAAAAGGCGACCAUACACUCACUACUUUCAGCGAUGCAUCUCUUGCCGAAGAACAAACACCUGGCCCGGCUACAAACAAGAUCAGUCGCCUUAACCGUUUGCGUUUGAAGGUCAAGCGCCCGUCAUUUUCCAAGAAUCGGUCGAGCGUCCAGUAUAGUCCAAAGAGUCCGGCUGGGAGAAUCUUUCGCUCAUCGGAGUCCUCACCAGCUCCUUCUCCUUCAUCCCAAUCCUCUCUUAUCGAUGCUCUGAAGAACUCUCUGCGAUCAGACAAGCAACGCGCUGUUCAGCGUUCACAACCAGACGCUAUUAUCGAGGUGGAAAUCCGAGCUUGUGCAGCUGACUCACGAGAGUCUAUCUCCAGUAGUUCGGGUGUUUCAUGCGACUACAAACCGGGGCAGUCGGUGAUCGUAAAGGAUGUCCCUUCCGUUGCCGAUGCAGUCACUGGAUGGAGGAAGCUGCCACCUAGAUUGCCAAUUCCGAAGUGGGACGUUGAUGAUUGA